GGUGGGAAAAUAUGGAGAACAACCAGAGUCAGAGACAGCUGGGGUCCCACACCCAAAUGUGUGUAACCAAUGGGGCAAUAAUGAGAACUUUGUCUAUUUAACAUUUAUUCGAUGUUGCUGUACAAUGCAUGAAUUACUUCCCCGUGCACAUCUAAAUUUGAUUCUGAAUUUGUUACUGAUUAUGAUUUGAUUAGUUAACAUAAAAGAUUUGUUUGAGGAAUAAAAACAGUAGAUUAUGUCUACUAAAAUAAGAUAAAAUGUGAAAAUUGGCACUAUUAGGCAAACAAAGCAGACAAAUGGGGUUACAUAUUUUGAGUGGUAUGUAGCAUGGAUUGGAACGUACUGAAGCUGAUUUGCAGCACCUCGUGGGUAGCACAGUAACUGGAUGGUGGAAGUCAUUGAAGAAAGACAACGCGCUUCUUCUAGCCCAGGGAACUCCAUCAUGAUUCCACAAGUAGUGACUAAUGAGACCAUCACACUGAUUUCACCAAAUGGAACCAACUUUCCCCAAACAGACAAACUCCAGCCUACCGUGAAGAGGCAAGUCAGCCUGAAGAAACAUCUAAAGGCAGAGAUCAAAGUGAUGGCGGCAAUCCAGAUCAUGAGUGCUGUGAUGGUGUUGGGUCUGGGAAUCAUUUUGGCAUCUGUUCCUCCUGUCCUACAUUUUACCUCAGUGUUUUCUGUCCUGUUAAAAUCUGGAUACCCAUUUAUAGGACCUUUGUUUUUUAUUAUCUCUGGAAUUUUGUCCAUCAUUACAGAGAGAAAGUCAACAAAUCCUUUGGUAGAUGGCAGCCUGACUCUGAACAUCCUGAGUGUUUCAUUUGCUUUCAUGGGCAUCAUUAUCAUCUCUGUCAGCCUGGCUGGUUUGCAUCCUGCCUCAGAGCAGUGCAAGCUGAGCAAGGACCCUAGACCAACUGAACAUCAUUACUACCACAUUUCCUAUGACUCUGACAGGAAUGAGUGCUCUGUCACCAACUCUGUUCUGGCUGGAGCCCUUACAGUGAUGCUGAUCAACACCCUGUUGGAGCUUGUUCUGGCUGGGCUCUCCGUAAUGCUGUGGUCAAAAGAAGGUGCUUUGACUUCCCUCAGGAACUGAGGCUCUACGAAGUUAAAUGUCUCUUCUGGCACUGCGAUGAGUUUGCCUGUCUUCAGGAUGCUGGAGCCUGGUUACCUCCCCUCUAAAUAGGAAUACUUUCUCCUAUAAUGACUAGUCUCUAUCAGUCUUGACUUGAUAAAGACCAAUUGUACACUAGAAUGUAUUCAGAAAGUAUCUUCGGAUCUAUUUCCCUUCCAUCUCAUCUUCCAUUUUUUUCCUGCAUUAAAGAUACUAAGGAAAUGAUGUUUGGUGACUGCAUGCAACCCUUCUCAGCCAACUCAGAGUGUAUGGCUUCAAUAACUGAACCAAAAAGCUUUACUCUGACCAGAUCAUUAAUUAGAAUGUAGACAUGAAACUCAAGAAGGAUGACCAAAAUGCGGAUGCUUCACUCCUUCUUUAAAUGGGGAACAAGAAUACCCUUAGGAGGGGAUAGGGGGGCAAAAUUUAGGACAGAGACUGAAGGAACACCCAUUCAGAGCCUGCCCCACAUGUGGCCCAUACAUAUACAUCCACCUAACUAGAUAAGAUGGAUGAAGCAAAGAAGUGCAGGCAGACAGGAGCCGGAUGUAGAUCUCUCCUGAGAGACACAGCCAGAAUACAGCAAAUACAUAGGCGAAUGCCAGCAGCAAACCACUGAACUGAGAACAGGAUUCCCUUUGAAGGGUUCAGAGAAAGAACUGGAAGAGCUUGAAGGGGCUCGAGACCCCUUAUGAACAACAAUGCCAACCAACCAGAGCUUCCAGGGACUAAGCCACUACCUAAAGACUAUACAUGGACUGACCCUGGACUCUGACCUCAUAGGUAGCAAUGAACGGCCUAGUAAGAGCACCAGUGGAAGGGGAAGCCCUGGGUCCUGCCAAGACUGAACCCCCAGUGAACAGGAUUGUUGGGAGGAGGGCGGUAAUGGGGGGAAGGAUGGGGAGGGGAACAUCCAUAUAUAAGGGGAGAGGGAAGGGUCAGGGAGAUGUUGGUCUGGAAACCAGGAAAGGGAAUAACAUUUGAAAUGUAAAUAAGAAAUACCCAAUUUAAUAAAGAUGGAAAAAAUUAGAGUGUAGAAUGAAGAGGAGAUGAUAUACAUCAAAUACGUGCAUCACUGAGGUGUGCCGUUCUCAUUGUGUAGCAACUGCAACACUGAAUGAAAUUCUAUCAUGUACAUGCAUGUGUCUAAGUAUCUAUCUACCUUCCUAUAUGCAGACAUAUGUAUGCAUUAAUAUAUACAUAUAUACUCAUUUGUAGUCUGAAACCACAUAUUUUCUUUAUUGUAGAAUGUGAUUUUCCUGUCUCAUAACUCAAAUAAUGAAUCCAACAUUGAAUCAAAGGCACUUUGCCAUCCUGCAUAUGAUGAACAAUUGGUUUGUUAAGAAAAUAAAACAAAAACCACAAAGCAAGUAAAUGUAUAGAACAGAGAAUAUGUCCUCAUGAUAAUGCAGAAAAUCCAACCACCACAAGGCAGCAAUGUUUGUUACUGAAAAUGUAGACUGUUGAUACAGUGAAUACCAGUAUGGGAUGAAUGGGUGUGUUAUUGACCUAUUGAUUUUUGUGACCUUUGCUUCAACAAAAACCCAGAUCUGCAAAUAAUAGUCAGAGUCUCAGAUAUUUUUCAGAAAACUACCAGAAUGUUCCAGGAGAUUGCGGUGGAGCAAGGAGGCAAAAUUUUCUUGUCCCCUGCAAUUAACAGCAACAGUUAAAUAUUAACAGUCUUUGUAUUCAGAAUCUCUGCUACAGUAUGGGUUUUUCAUCAUUUCAAUUUUAUUGACUAGUGCAUAGAGACCUGCAAUGAAGUCUCAAGAAGUUUAGGUGUUGUUGGUUAAAAAUAAAGUCUUUUGUGAUUGUA